AUGACUUCUAUCAAUAUGCCACCUGAGAAGUCUUCUCAGGCUCGUACCCGCCCUAUGGAGGUUCUGGUCUUGGGGUUGUGUCGUACUGGUACUCUUUGUAAGUUUAGUUUUUUUGGGAAUUCACUCAUAUAUCUCCCAACUGAGGUUUUUGAUCUAGCUUUGAAAAUUGCACUAGAGAAGUUGGGAUAUCCGACGUAUCACAUGGCCUCCGUGUAAGAAAGUCCCGGUCAUGCGGCUAAAUGGGUGCAGGCGAUGCGGAGUAAAUAUGAAGGUGAUGGGUCCCUAUUGACGCGAUAAUUUUUCGAUGGCUUGCUUGGAGAGUAUGGUGUAAGUUUCCAACCAUGAAAAAUGAAAAUGGGUGUAGUUUUGGGUAGGAAUUGAAACUGAUGGGGAGGUACUGUAGGCCGUCACGGAUGUACCAUGUGCAUCGUUCGUUCCGGAACUUAUUACUGCGUAUCCCGAUGCGAAGAUUAUUCUUUCGACGAGGGACGCGGAUGGUUGGGUCAGGAGUAUGGAGGGGACGAUUGUUAAGAAACUUACGUAUGUUUGUUCCCCUUCUGGUCACAUGUUACAUCCCUUCUCGCUUAUCGAAAUCAUUCCCGCCCCGCCGCACCAUAACCUCAUCACAACAUCUCAUACACCCAUCCACUAACACAACACCCCAAAGUUCCCCCCUCCGCAAACUCAUAGUCUUCUUCCUCCCCUUAGAGCACAAGCAAAUCCCCAUUUAUAUGAACCUCUUCUUCAAAUACCAGCUCUACAACGACUUCUCCCUCUACGGCAAGCGAGCAUUCGAAGAACACAAUCACAUGGUCCGUAGAAUCGCGCCGUCUGAGGGGUUUCCUUGAGUUUGAGGCUAAGGAUGGGUGGGGAUCUCUUUGUGAAUUCCUUGGGAAGGAGAGACCGGAUGAGGAGUUUCCGAGGACGAAUAAUGUUAAGGAGUUUGGGGAGAGGUCGAAGGCGGGGGCGAGGAAGGUGCUUGGUAUUGCUGCGGUGAGGGCGGCGAAGAUGUUAGGGGGUUGGUUGCUGGCUUUGUGGUUUUUGUUGUGGGUUUUUGGGGUAGUUAGGAGGUGA